GUCAGUCGUUCACCUCCUCUUCUGUUUGGUGCUUUAGUGUAAUGAAGAUAAAAUGCAAAUGGGAACUAAAACCUGCGUUCUGCUCUUGUGGAUACAGACACUAAGCUUCGUGAAAUGUCAGAAAUGCACUCGUCAACAGUUUAGAGAAAGUAGUGACUAUGAUUCAAAGUUUGACACAACUGUUCUGGAUUCUGAAUAUCCUAAUGGAAAACAACCACUAACUCUCAACUACCACACAGAGAGGGAGAAAUCUAACGCAGUACUGUUUUCAUCAUUGACCCAAAGAUGUCCGCUCAUUCACCCGAGCAAUAAAGUCCAGGUGAUCGGGGAUCAUGAAGAAGCAUCCUUUGGCAACGUAAUUCGAUUUUCUUGCAAGUCCAGCAAUCAAAUCUUAGAUGGAGCAAAUGAGAUUUAUUGCAAUGAAAAUGGAGAGUGGAGUGGCGAAGUUCCAGAUUGCAAAGAUAUUACAUGUGACACCCCUGUGAUUGAACACGGGAGCGUUCGUGAUGCCCCUCGUGAGUACAAAGAAAAUGAAAUCCUGAAUUUUGAUUGCGGCGACGAUUAUAAACGCACAGAUGAAAGAUUUCCAACAUGCAUAAAAUUAGGAGGAAAAGCGACUUGGAGCCCUACACCUGGAUGUAAACUUAAAACAUGUGAACUGGAAUUGCAGACAGGGAGAGGAACAACAUAUAUUCCAUCCAACAAAAAUGUGUUUUUAAUUGGGAGCACGUUACAAGUGAAAUGUGGGCGGAAGCACUGGAUUGUGGACAGCCAAACAACCACAGCAGAUGUUACCUGCAAAAGUAAUGGAGAGUGGAGUAUCAGGCCAGUAUGCAAAGAGGUCAUAUGCAGCGACCCACAAGACAAUGCUGUGGAUUGGUUUGAUUUGAUCCACUGGGGACGAAAUAAAUUAGAUGAAACUGCUCGAUAUGCAUGUAGAGCAGGCUUUGAAAAACCAAGAGGCACCACUACGGCCACCUGCACCAGAGCUGGAUGGAGACCAGAUCCACUCUGUAAAAGAACAUGGUGCUCAAGACCUGACCUUGAAAAUGCACGCGUUACCUGGAAUAACAGGAACGUGUACAGCAGCGGUGACUAUCUCCGCUACACAUGCAUCAACGGUGAUGACAGAGCAUUUACUCUCACUUGUGAUGAAGGUUCCUGGACUGGGCUUGAGAGCUGUUCAGGUCGUAAGGUGCAUGAAGGCAGUACGGGUAAUGUUACUGAUGUGGGGGGAAAAAGAGAGAAGACUGUCCAGUAUGACGCCGAGGCUUUUGACUUUGGAGGAGAUGUGGAUCGGGUGACCAUCAAUGGAGAUAUUGAAAGGCGUUGUGGCCUCUACUCCGAGACCAAUUUCUCUUGGGGUGCUUGGUUUAGUGGAGAUGUAGAGUUGAGUGUCAUCAGCAUAACAGUGAAACUGGAUUCCAAAGUGGCGGAGGAUGUUACCAAGGGGGAGGAUGUAUAUAAUGAAGAGAAGCGGUCCGAUACCAGAGACCCCAGUGCCAGCCAGGCAUUCCUGGAGUAUGGAGUGGGAGAUGGUAUCGAAGGCGGCACUGAGGUCGAGGAGGAUAAGGAUGGUGAGAAGGCCAGAAUCUGCUGCCAGGAGGAGGUCAUUGGUCAAUGCGAAAGACUACAAGAUGAAAAGCUGACAGUAAAUGUGUCAAUGGAUAAGGACUCAUAUAAAAAUGGGGAAGUCAUUGAGUAUGUGUGUAAAGCACAUGAUGCCGGUGAUAAAAAUACUGCAACAUGUGUUGAUGGCCAGUGGACUACAACAGUAGAAUGUCCAGUUAACUUGUCACUGAUCCCAAUUGAUCCAUAUGAUCUGCAAGGUUCCCAAGAAAUUGAAUAUUUAGAUUCUGGAGAUUUCACAGUGAAUGACCUAUGUCCUUCAGGUUGUCAGAAUCCACCGAAUCUUGCAGACGGAGAUGUUAAGGAAAGCAUGAAGCCUGAGUAUGACCACAAUGAAAGUGUUGAAUACAUGUGUCAGCGAUAUUAUAUUAUGGAGGGGACGGGACAAAGAACCUGUGUGAACGGUGCAUGGACUGGAGAGAUAAAGUGCCUAAAGCCCUGCACGGUGAAUCAGAGAGACAUGGACGAACGUAAUAUUAGGUUUGCACAUGGAGGACGUACAAAGAUGUACUUAGAACAUAAGGACCACAUUAGAUUUGUUUGUAAACAUCAAAGACAAGUCAGCUCAGUACCACUUCGCCAGCAGUGUGUUGAUGGUGUCAUGGAGCUGCCCACCUGCAGAGAUCAAUACUGAAGUAAAAUGGGUAAAAUUAAACAACACAGUGCACAAACAGGCAAAUGAUUAAAAGGAGUGAAGUGUUGUGAUCCACUUCUGUGUGACUAUUUUUAAAAUAUUCCGUCAUCUCUCUCUACCUUUUAAUA